AUGAGGACCUUCGCCCUCCUCACCGCCAUGCUUCUCCUGGUGGCCCUGCAUGCUCCAGGCAGAGGCACGUCCAGGCAAGCUGAUGAAGCUGCCGCCCAGCAGCAGCCUGGAGCAGAUGAUCAGGGAAUGGCUCAUUCUUUUACAUGGCCUGAAAACGCUGCUCUUCCGCUUUCAGAGUCAGCGAAAGGCUUGAGUGCGUUUACUGCGAGAUUCUGCCGCAUCGCAGGCAUCGGAGGAGAGGUGCUGCUGGGAUCUGAAAACCUCAUGGCCAAGAUGCUUGUGCACAGGAAGAGGGAGUGCUGGGCUGGCUCAGUGGGAGUUCUGACAGGUUGA